GAGCGAGGCGGCCGCCGGGUCUGAAGGAGAGCGGGUGACCCCCGCCGCCUCCCGGCCAUGCGGCCCCUCCGCGCUCCCCUCGCCCUGCUCUGCCAGGUGCUGGGUGCGUGGGCUGCCUGCGCCCUCGCCCCGGACCCCGUCGCAGCGUCCGGGCCGCCGGCGCCUCCGCAGCGCGCCCGCUCGCCGCCGGCCCCGCCGCCCCUCGCCCCGGGCCGGCGGACGGGCGCGCCGCUCCCCGGGCGCGGAGCCCUCCCUCGCGGGGCCGGCGCCGCAGCCGGCGGAGCGGCGGGGCCGGGCGGCAGCUGCGGGGCGGCGGGCACCGGGCGGCGGCGGGCGCGGAGCAGCGAGCCCGGAGCCGGCGCAGCGGCGGGGCGGGGCGGGGCGGGCGGCCCCCGCUGGCUGCCCCUGAACGGCUCGGCCGGCGGCGACGGCAGCGCCGGGGGCCGCGGGAACGCCACGGGGCGCCGCGCCCGGCUCCGCAACCCCUUCUACCCGCUGACCGAGGAGUCGUACGGCGCCUACGCCGUCAUGUGUCUCUCCGUGGUGAUCUUCGGCAUCGGCAUCAUGGGCAACAUGGCAGUGAUGUGCAUCGUCUGCCACAACUACUACAUGCGGAGCAUCUCCAACUCUCUGCUGGCCAACCUGGCCUUCUGGGACUUCCUCAUCGUCUUCUUCUGCCUGCCGCUGGUUAUCUUCCAGGAGCUUACCAAGAAGUGGCUUUUAGAAGACUUCUCCUGCAAAAUCGUCCCGUACAUCGAGGUGGCCUCUCUGGGAGUCACCACGUUCACGCUGUGCGCUCUGUGCAUUGACCGGUUCCGUGCCGCCACCAACGUGCAGAUGUAUUACGAGAUGAUCGAGAACUGCACCUCCACCACGGCCAAGCUGGCUGUCAUCUGGGUGGGCGCCCUGCUGCUGGCCCUGCCCGAGGUGGUGCUGCGCCAGCUGGCCAGGGACGACCCCGAGUACAGCGGCAGCCCCGCGGGCGAGCGCUGCGUGGUGAAGAUCUCCACGGCGCUGCCCGACACCAUCUACGUGCUGGCUCUCACCUACGAUGGCGCACGGCUCUGGUGGUACUUUGGCUGCUAUUUUUGUUUGCCUACCCUCUUCACUAUCACCUGCUCCCUGGUGACAGCCAGGAAAAUCAGGAGGGCAGAAAAAGCCUGCACAAGGGGGAACAAGCGACAAAUUCAGCUGGAAAGUCAGAUGAAUUGCACAGUGGUGGCUUUGACCAUUUUAUAUGGAUUUUGCAUUAUUCCUGAAAACAUUUGCAACAUCGUGACUGCCUACAUGUCCACAGGGGUCUCUCGACAGACUAUGGACCUCCUCCAUCUCAUUAGUCAGUUCCUUUUGUUCUUUAAGUCCUGCGUUACCCCAGUUCUCCUGUUCUGUCUCUGUAAACCUUUCAGCCGGGCGUUUAUGGAGUGUUGUUGUUGCUGCUGUGAUGAAUGCAUCCAGAAGUCUUCCACAGUGACGAGUGACGACAAUGACAACGAGUACACCACUGAACUGGAGCUCUCCCCAUUCAGUACCAUCCGUCGUGAAAUGUCGACUUUUGCUUCCGUGGGGACUCACUGUUAAUUGACCUUAGGACUUUAUUUCCUGUAUCUUUUUCCUUUUUCUUUUUUUUUUACUUCAUAUUUUUGUUUCUUGAAAAAAAAUGCAGGAAAAAGAAAAUCACUGUUUAAAACUACUCUGAAAACCAAUCUGUAUUAACAGUCAUACUUUGGAAAAUAAAUUGUUUCGUUAUUAAAAGGGAAGAAAGAGAGAGAGAGAAGGAGAGCCAGCACUCAGUUUUAAAUUGUGAGAUUUUGUAUGGUGCUAGGAUUUCAUUGGUUGAGGAGGAGGAUCCAAAUCAAUCCACUUUUUUUAAAAAUUCUGUAGCGUUUUUUUGAUAAUCACUGUAAAAUGAUUAUAUAGACAUUGUGGGCUUUGCAAGGUGUUUUCAUGUGAAAGAUGUGGUGGAAAGUAUUUCAAGGUAGUUUUAAUCCAAUUAUUGUACACUAUUUUGAGAGGACUUGGGCUUCAGAAAAUUUAUAAAGUAGCAUAAAAAUAAAUGAGGUUUUAUUCUUUGAUUGUCAAUCUGCAUUUAACAAAGACAUCUAUGAGUAGUAUUAAAUUCCUUUAAUAAGUAAAAAAAAAAAAUCUUUGCAUAUUGUAAUUUAGGUGGCCAUAUUUAAUUUACUUACACUUGGAGGAUAUAAUUACAGUGUUUAAGGAAGAUGGUUAUAAUGGUAUUAGAUUUACAGGAAUGGGCUUUUUUAAUGUUAUAUUAUUGAAAGUUCAAUGUGCCUCAUUGAAAAUUUUCUUCUUAACCUGCAGGUAUACAAAAUCUUGAGUUAUUUUAUACUUCUUAAAAAGAAACACUCACUUUAUGACUGAAUUUUGUCUCAUGUGGUUUCAAAAUCAAGAUUAUUUCCAAUAUGCUAUUGGUUUUACAUAGAGUUUAUGUCCUCCAUCUCUGUAUAUAUAGCUCCUACUGGCUUCAGUGAGAGUCUCAUUGCAGAGAAAGGCAUUUUUUUGCCAGAGAUUUACUGACAAUAAAUGUGAGGGACUGAAACAUGUGGAGAGUGAAUUCCUUCUUUUUUGAAAGGCAUAAACACACUUGGACACUUGGGGCUUGACCCAGAGCCUGUGGCAGUCAAUGGAGGGGUUUCCAUCAAUUUCAGAGAGCUUUGAAUCAGACUGGCAUCUACUAUUUGUUCUGGGAUAUGUAACAUGAAUAUUAAUGACAGGGGCUCUGUAUGCUGGUUCAGAAUCAUGCUGCUCUCACAGAGACUGCUAUUCACUAGCAGCUCAAAGCUCUGAAGCUGUUUUUGAGAGCCACCGUGUGUUUUGCUGAUGGCUUCUUGCUGUCCACAGAGUUGUUAAAAUAAGGAUAUGUCAACACUGCCAGCAACAGUGUGAUAUAGUAAAAUUCAAAGUUGUCUUAAGCAAGCCAGGUUGGAGACUGGAAAGUGCCUAUCCUUACCAACACAGCUUAUUUCCCCCCUCUUGGCUGAAGCAAACAUUCUGUUCUUGGCAGGCAAGCUGGCUCAUAUUUACACUGGGCAGCAGGCUGAAGUGUAGGCACAUGCUGAGGAGCUGAAUUUUUUAUAGAUAGCUUGUAUUUUAAUACUAAUUAAAUAAAUAAUGCAGCUGUAUUGAGCAGAAGGAAAAUCUUGUGCAUCCAUGCUUUGAAGUUAGCAGUGAAUGUAACAUAGUCUUACCUCCCUCCUGAUAUCUGAACUUGCUGUAACUUCUGGGAAGGACUGUAUUUUGUUUGUAGAUUCCAGAUUUAAUAUGUCUUGGUAUCUGCUUGGGCGAGCAGUAUUUUCUUUUUCUUUACCAUUUUAUCCUAUAAUAAUUUCAACUGAGAAAACCAGUUGACAUCAAUUAAUAUGAAUCCAAACACAUGCAUGUGAGUUCUUCUGACUUUUGAAUCAGAUACUGGGCCCUAGCAAGGCAGUCUGCUUUAACCACAGGCAUGUGUUUAUGCUUAGAACUUGAGAAAUUACCUAAGUUUUUUAAAUCUUGUUUAAUAUACUCAGUUACCUUUGAAGGUGGGAACUGUCCCCUCCUUAUAAAAUCUUUCAUUGAUUUUCAUUGGCUUUUCUUGAUUACAUUUAAUAAAGUAUUAAAGGGAUUAAAGAGAAAAGAUGAAAACAAAAUCUUCCUCACUUUGGUGC